AUGUCACGGCAACUCAACGUGGAUACCGUGCGGCAGAACUUCUGGAAGGAGGAAUUUCUUAAGGAGAAGAUCUUGCGCUGUGAAUGGUACCGCAAGUAUGGGUCGAUGGUGAAGGCCAAGCAGAAGGCUAAGGCUGCUACCCGCCUACCCCUCAAACUGCCCACCCUGUACCCCAAACCCCCACUCUCACCCCCACCUGCUCCCAAAGCAGUAUCGGCCAGGGUCCCCAGCCCUGCCCUGGAGGCUCCUUCACAGGCAGAGAUGUACCCAGUACUGCCUGCCACUCGGGCCCUGCUGUAUGAAGGCAUCUCCCACGACUUCCAGGGGCGCUACCAGUACCUCAAGACCCGUAAACUGGACAUCCCAGAGAUGCGCUACCUCUUCCCCAUCACUACCAACUUCACAUAUGGCUGGCAGCUGGGCCCCCCAGUGAAGAAAGAACUGUUCUGCAGUAUGGGCCGCAUUGAAUCGUUCUUCCGCAAGAACGGGGCCUUCGCACCUCUUGACCCCCGGGAUGUGGCCCUCUGA